CCCGCUGGAUUCACGGUACCGCGGAAACUGGUAACCAAGGUUACGAGCUCGUCGAUGACUUUGACAGAAACCCGGAAGUUUUGAGUGAACAUGACCUAAACUGUUAAAAUUCCUUGUUAGCUAUUUUUAUUUAUCUUCACGAACAUUUUAGUCCUCUUGCUGUUGUAAGUGGCCCGGCCAUAGGUCAGAACAAUGGCUUUACUUUGCGGUAACGUUUUAAGAAACAGUCGCUUCGCUGUUCGCCUGCAAGUAAGUAAACAAAUGACACGUCAAGUGAGAGAGAAUCGUCCGGUUUGCUCUUACGUUAACUUUCAAACAAUAUCUACUCAUCUGAGACUGAUCGCAACUAGACAGUCAUGUGGCAAAGCGUGGACGGUGUGUCCUCAUGUCAUACACGGGGGACACCACAUCCACACCUCGGUCCCCAGAAGGGCUCUUCCUGUCCCUCUCCUCUGGAUGGUUCUCAAGCCUCUACAGAAACUUGCUGCCAUACUACUGGGCAGGAGCAUAAGGAAGUGGUGGAGGGUUCUACCACAGAAUCGCAGGCAGCUCAUGCGUGAAUGGGUCCGGAAGCAUCGCUGGCAUUUUGCAGCAGGUGGAGGAGCUGCCUUGGUGAUUAUAGCCCUUCUACUCCUAACACACCUGGAUGAGUCCCCAUUGACGGGACGUGUCCGCCUCCUGGUGUUCAGCAGAGAAAAGUACAGGGAGCUGGCUGUCCUCACUUCAGAGAUGCACUUGGAGGAGUUUGCAGAGAGCCUGCUCCCAGACUCUCACCCUCUCCACCAGAUGGUGCAACAGUCGGUUCAGCUCCUUGUACAAAGAAACAAGGACAUCCCUCAAGUGUCUGAAGUCCCCUGGAGUGUCCAUGUGGUGGAAAGUCCCCAAAUCAACGCCUUUGUACUUCCAAAUGGGGAAGUAUUCAUGUUCACUGGGAUGUUAGAAGCUGUAGCAGAUACUGACCAGCUGAUGAUUGUCCUAGGACAUGAAAUGGCACAUGCUAUACUGGAACACUCUGCAGAGCAGGCCAGCCUGUCUCAUAUUGUGGACCUCCUGUCUCUUAUUUUGGUGACAGCCAUCUGGGCCUUGUGUCCGGGAGACUUCCUGGCAUUGCUGGGAGGAUGGGCGAAGGACAAGCUCACAGAGCUGAUGUUCAACCAUCCUUACAGUCGGAAGCUGGAAAGUGAGGCGGAUCGAGUUGGACUGCAGUUAGCUGCCAAGGCAUGUGCAGAUGUGAGAGCAGGCCCAGUGUUCUGGCAGCAGAUGGAACUCGCAGAUCAACUCACAGGAACGCCGACUUCGCCCGAGUGGCUGUCCACACACCCAUCACACAGGAACAGAUCCAGUCAGCUAGACCGCCUCAUACCACAGGUUCCUGGAUGGUUUCCUUGUCUCUGUACUGAAUCAUCGAACUAUACGCUCCUGAUUGGUUGAUUAUUUCCACCUGUGGUCAACAUAAGCUCUUUGCUGCCACAGCUUCAGUGCUGGACCCCUCACUGGCCUGUUCCUGUCACGUGAAGUACAUCAAACCAAGUAAGUUAAGACAAGCAAAGUUUAAGCCACAUCAAGUUUGCUGUGUUGAGUUAAGUGAAGUCGCACCACACCAGUCCUUCCUGUCUUUCCUGGUCAUUACAUUUUAGUUGUUGUUCCGUUCUGUGUGUUGGUUGAAUUCUUGAGUUCACACCUCAUUACCAUGAUAUAAUGUUACAUUUUUUUUAAGUUAGAGGUUUGACUUCCUUUUAAAUGGUUACAUAAAAAUCAGUAGAAAAGAACAAAUAAGUCUGGAAUCAUGAUUAUUUGUCUGAGUAUACAUUUUUUUAACAUUACAUUCCUGUGACAGCCUGAACCCCACCCCACCGUCCCAAGCUCUUGUCUCCCUCACUGCUGAUUGAUCUCUUCCCCUGCUGCCGUUUCAAACCUGCAUCACUUAAACUUGUACACGCUGGAAUGCACAUUUGUACACCUGGAAUACUCCAAAUGCACUAAUGUUUCAUGCUACCUGCUUCCUUAGCGUCUGUCUUCUUUAUAAUGAUUGAUAAUUAGAUACAUUUGGUUUAGACUUAGUUAAAGCAACAUUCUUGGCUUCAAGACACUUGUUUUUCUCCCUCUGUGCAUGUUGUGGGCAAAUGUUCCUGUUGCUGUAAUGCCUUAAAAUCAGACAAGAAGUGAGAAAGUUGCAGCUGCAACAGCAUUUGGUGUACAUGGGUAUUUUUCUCCAGGUGUUUUACAUACACAUUAAAGUAUGCAUCACUUGUUGCUUACUGAGAAUGAACAGAGGGACUAGAAAUAUUGCUCUGCUGCUAGUUUGGUGCAGACAUGCUUGGAGACAUGUCCUCUCUCCAUCCUACGUCACCCUGCCUCUAUACUUGAUGUCAGUCUUUCCUUGUCUCCAUUUUCUCUCUGACGUUUAUCCUCUGCUUUAUGUUGCCAACCAGUAUAAUACUCUGUCAGUCAGUCGGCUUGUAUCUUGGCUUUGGUAGCUCUGGCAAAAUCACUCUAUCACCGCACUAACUAACUUCUUAUAUCACACACAGGCACACUCAUUGAGUUUUAGCUGUCUGCAUGAUGGAUGUGCUCUCUCAGACAGAACUGCCAUGUGUGGCAUCCAAACCUGCACUUUCCGGUUACAGCAUAUCUACACCAAGGCAAUGCACCAUGUUUGUGGAGAGGCUUUGAUAGUCGAUGUGUUUAAAAAAAAUGCAACCCAGUGUACGUAUAUAGAAGAAAGAAGUAAAACCAACAUGAAGACACAGAUUCUGCUCCUUUCAUUCAGACUGACACACACACACACACACACACACACACACACACACACACACACACACACACACACACACACACACACACACACACACACACACACACACACACACAUGCUCCUAGAGGCUGAUAAAGACCUUUUUGGCAGAGGCUCUUCUCUGUGCUGUGGGCUCAUUAAUGCUCUGAGUGUGUCCCUGCAAGUGAGGACUAAGCCCUCAGCCCUUAUCAACACCACCAGGCCCACUCUGCUACACACACACACACACACACACACACACACACACACACACACACACACACACACACACACACACACACACACACACACACACACACACACACACACACACACACACACAAUGGAUUAUGGAGAGUGUGGAUAAGUCACCAACAUCAUCUCGGAUAUCCCCUUACAGGACAAUGACAGACAGUCGCCCUCCUGUCCCAGUGUCACAGUCAUGGAUGGUGUGUGUUUGCGCUUCAGGAGUGGUGGGAGUUGGCGGGCGGGGGUACUGCCUUCCAAUUGAUCUAUCUGAAUUUGUUGAUCCAUCUGUCCACAGUUGCUGUCAUGAAGAGGUCAUUGUGAGUGUGUGUGCUGACAAUUGUUUGUUUGGGACACCUUAACACAAGUUCAUGUAAUAUCUGAGACCUAAUGGGUGCACUUUUCUAAAACAAACACACACACUGCUGUGUUAUUUACAUAUGUACUACUGCAGUGAUUAACUGUUUGUUUGCACAGACUUAUGUUACGUGCUGUGUUCAGUGAAGACAGUGUGGGUGGCUGUUGGUUUAUGGCUGUUUCAAGUUGUGUGUGUGUGUGUGUGUGUGUGUGUUGUUGUUCCCAUGUACUGUCUGAGCCUCCAGGCUGUAUCUGUUCAGCUCGGUGGUGAAUUAUUAUUGCUUUAUCCUCAGGGAGGGCAGAGGUUACACACAGCAAUACCCACCCCCUCUUCCUGCCACGUGCCACAACACACACACACACACACACACACACACACACACACACACACACACACACACACACACACACACACACACACACACACACACAAAAGACAGACGUGAUGCACACAUGCAGAUAUCACUUACUGAAUCAGACCUGAGGGAGUUUUUACUCAACUGGUAACAGGAAGUCCAAGAUUUAACGUAAAUUGAAUUUCUCUACUUAAUACCAAUAUCUCCUUUUAAUGCUUUUGUCAAAAACUACUAGAAUUUAAUAUUUAAAAAAAAACUUCAGUUGCCCAUUAGAUCAAAAUUAUGCAGUUAGUGCCAUCAUAGACUUUUGUGUGUGUUUCAAUAGGAUUUUGUUCCCUUUUUUGUCCAUUUUCUCCUACUUCAUAAGACUUUUUAAGCUAAAACAUUUUGCUCAAGCUCCAGGACCUCCUUCUACAUCAAGUCCCUCCUUCAUCAUUCAGCUCUUCUUUCAUAGCAGACAAAAACUGAAUUUACCUAAUACUAAGAAACAGUGAUUUUAUUUCACGGUGAGAUUUGUAAUCUAAUCUCUCUGUAGAAGAGAACAAGUGGACUGGGUGUCCUCCAGUGGGCUUCCAUUUAAUCAGAUUGAAAAACACCUGGCGUAGGCUUGCCGUGCUACAUAAUUGGGUGGCCUCAGAAACACUCUUACUCUUGAAGGUUUGAUAUUUUAUAGCUGAGGGUAAAAUGCAGAUCAUUUGUUCCUCUGCUUUACUGUUUUAAUUCAUCAGAUUGUCCUCUUAUGUUUGGAGCAGUUAGGCAGCUGGCUACUUUUUCCACAGCAAUGUCAGUAAUGAAAUGGCUCAUUAAUGACUGCAUCUGGGGCUCGGAGAGAUGGAGAAGCGUAAAGGAAAGGGUUUUUUGAGAGCAGCAGCGGGAAAGCUCUAUGCUGAACUCAAGGACACAGCUCACAAUCAGUUUGUGCAGGUUCUUUCCAGUUGUUUGUGUUGAUUUCUGUAGCACAACAGAUGAUGGAGGCAGAGAAUAUCUUUAUUUUUUAUCUUUGUCUGCUGGGUGGGCUGGUUCUAGAGGUCUUUGUGGGUUUUCUGAUUGCAGCUCUGGUGUAUCUGCUGCAUGUGUGUUCCCUUUGUCUGCUAGGGGAGUUAAGACGCAUCUCUUUAAUUUGGUCUGUAAUUGAAUUUGGCCCAUGGGCAUGCCAUGCUCUUCUGAGAGAUGGCAGCUGAUGAGAGGGGGGAAGAAAAGAGACAGAAGGAAAGAGAAGGGAACAAGACAAGAUAUGGCUGACUGAGGGAGAGUGGAGAGCAAGGAGAUGGCAUAUAGAUGGAAGAUCAGUGGAAGGAGAUAGAGAAGGAGGAGGCUGGGGUCGACAUGAAGUUGCGUCCUUAGUCAUCUGUGAGACUUUAUAAGUAGUGAUUGCAUGGCCGAGCGGCUGGCAGUCAAGUCAAUAUGACAUAUAAAUAUUGCAGAAGCCAUUCUCUCGCCUCACGCCCUCCUCAAUUAUUAAUGUCUGGCUCAGAGUUGGCUCAACUUUUACUUGAGGCGCUCUUUUCUAAUACUCAUGAAAAUGAGUGGGAAACACACAGAUGCACCAAAAGAUAAACAAAAGAUUGUAAAAUACUGAAAAAAUACAGGUUGGCAGGCAGGGAGACAUGAGCAGUCUAGAUUAUUUACUUUACACAAGACCACAUCUGCCAUGCUUUUGCAGAAAUGCAGGCAAGUGUGAUCUUAGCCUGUAGAUUUUUAAAAUGAGCAAAGCACAACAAUCACUGUUUGAUGCCAUGUGUGUAUUAAAAGCUAUAUGGAAAUGUAGUCUGCCAGAGGUGUCAGGUCACUGUGUUUUAGGCAAUCCAAGACACCAAGUAAGAUUAAUAUAUAUUGAACUAUUACUGAAGUGCAUUAAAUAAUCAAUGCAAUUACAUUACAUUCAGUGUUUUUCCAUUUGCACACCAAUGAGCACACUAAGGCCCUGUCUGCACGUAGCUGGGUAUCUCCCAAAACAAAGAUAUUUUUCUACGAUUCGCCCUGUCAACCACAUAAAAACACAGAUGUACGCAAUGUAAACAAAUCUUUUUAAAAAAUCUGGCCAAAGUCAAGAUUUGUGUCUCCAUUCUAAACUUUUCUGUGUAGACAGAAAUAAACAGAGUUUUAGGUUUCACAGUGACUAAUGCAGUAACUAGGAAUAUAAUAUUAUUUUCAGGUUCAGCCUGCUCGUGAAACUUGGAGUCACUGAUCAUUUUUCAAAAAUACUGUAUCUCGAUAUUUUUCCUCCUGUAAAAUAUUUACAAGUUAACUCACUUCAAGCUGUCUUGAGAAAUUAUAUACAUCAGUAGAUUAAAUGCAUAAAAAUGUGUUGAUUCUUGUCAAACUUUAACCUUAGUGCCUAUUCUCUACCAGUCUGAGCUUUAGAAACACUGGUACAUUUGUCUGCUAUCACACAGUUUAGAGCUAGAGUUGUAUCAAAUGUCCCACAGGCACUUUUUUAUUAUA